GACCCAACCCAACCACAACUACUGCAACUACUACAACAGCAAUCAUGGUGCUUGUGGACUACGCUUCGAGCGAUGAUGAGGGGGCUGGCACCUCUUCAAGCGUAACCCCCAAUCUCGCCAUAACCUCGUCUACAAAAGUUAUUGCCGCUCCUGAUGUCUCCCUGGAAGUUGAGUAUUCCAAUCUACUCCCCAAAUCUAGACAAUAGCUAAUAUCCCUACAGGACCCUAUGCAGCUCCGGCAGUCCCUAAUAAAGUCAACCGACAAAAAGAUUACAACAAACAUGACCUAUGACCAGCUUUCUGCACCCGUUUUUGGCCCCUCGAACCCUUUCCUAUCGGCCGAGAAUGCAUCGCGAAAGCGCAAAAACGUGCUCACAGGAUAUGCCGAAGAGUCGGCAAUCUCAGAUUCUACCUUCCGUACCCAGCAGCGGACAUUUGUAUCCUUGGGAUACGCGAAGGAUCCUUCCCUCGCAGCGAACGGAAGCUCUUUCGUUGGGAAUCAGGAGAGUGUUGUUUUACACGGGGGCAAAGACGUAGUCCAACUACGACCCUCACGGCAAGAAACAGAAGCGAUCAAACGGAAGAGGACGAAAAAGGGGGAUCCGUCAAUUCUCGAGGGGGAGAACGCCUACGUGGGUCCUUGGGCAAAGUACAAGGAAGCUAAUACACUAUCGGAGUCUGACGAUGAGGAUGAGGAGGAGGACAAAGAGCAGUAUGCUGCGCCUGCCUCGAAUCCUAUUAUCGAUAAGGCCGGUAAGGAGUAUUUGGAUGUGAAUACUGGAGGUAUCGGUGGGGAGACUACGGAGUUCCAUGGGUCGCAGUUGCGGGAUUACCAGGGAAGGACGUACAUGCAUGUUCCUCAGGACCUGGAUAUCGAUUUGAAGAAGGAACCUGGAAGCUGGACGAACUAUAUCCCGAAAAAGCUGGUGCACACUUGGAAGGGGCACACAAAGCCUAUUACCGCAUUGCAGUUUUUCCCGGAAAGCGGCCAUCUGCUGUUAUCUAGCAGUAGUGAUGCCAAAGUCAAGGUAUACUUUGUUCCCAUUUUCUUCCGCACUGAAGCCGAUGACUAACACUUUUGUAGAUUUGGGACGUCUACCACGAUCGCGAACUUCUUCGCACAUACAAUGGCCACUCCAAGGCUGUCACUGAUAUUACCUUCAAUAAUUCCGGUAGUCAAUUCUUAACAGCUUCCUACGACCGCUACAUGAAGCUGUGGGACACGGAAACUGGCCAAUGUCUACACCGCUUCACAACUGGCAAGAUCCCACAUGUCAUCCGAUUCAACCCUGACCCCGCCCUCCAUCAUGAAUUCGUAGCAGGCAUGAGCGACAAAAAGAUCAUCCAGUUCGACACCCGGACAGAGCAAGUAGUCCAAGAAUACGACCACCAUCUCGGCCCCGUAAACACUAUCACCUUCGUGGACGAAAACCGCCGCUUCAUCACGACCUCGGACGACAAGUCGCUACGGGCCUGGGAAUACGGCAUCCCAGUCCCCAUCAAAUUUAUUGCGGAGCCAUACAUGUACUCCAUGGUCCGUGCUUCGCUGCAUCCCUCGGGCAAGUACGUCGCGUACCAGUCUGGCGACAAUCAGGUUGUAGUGUACGCCGCGACGGAUAAAUUCCGACAGAACCGGAAGAAGGCCUUCCGCGGACACAAUAAUGCCGGGUACGCCAUUGAUGUAGACAUUUCCCCCGACGGUCAAUUCCUCAUGAGUGGAGAUUCCGGUGGGUUCCUGUGCUUUUGGGAUUGGAAGACCUGUAAGAUGUAUCAUAAGUUUCAAGCCAGCGAUGGACCAGUAGUCGCAGCUCAGUGGCAUCCGCAGGAGAGCAGUAAGGUUGCUAGUGCCGGAUUAGAUAAUGUUAUCAAGUUCUGGGAUUAGAAAGGGGAAAGAGUUGGAUAUCAAAUCCAUUGGGUUGUGAGAGUGAGGGGGAGAGGGCUAAAUUGUAUUCUAGAUAUCAAUUCCUUUUGAGGUGUCCAAGAUUGAAUGAGUAACAUAUUUUUCC